GGCGGUCGUGUCCAGUCGUGUGCUUUGCAGAAUCAACAUGAACGCGGACGUGCAAACGAAACGAAAGAUAGCUGCAGUGAUUCUGUGGCGUCGUAUACAACGAAAGAGAAUACGUACGAUGUACGUAAGAGACAUUUUUGAUAAGCGGAAAGUUUUCGGCGAGUUUUAUCACCUGGUCCAGGAACUGCGAGAGAGCGACCCCGAGUACCAUUUCAUGUACUUCAGGAUGACAAAGUCCUCCUUCGACAGGCUGCUCGCUCUCGUCUACGAUCGUCUCGUCCAUGCGCCCACGCAUCGUUCCCCGAUCUCUCCCGCUGAGCGGCUUGCGAUUACACUCAGGUUCCUCGCAUCGCCUGGAUCCUUGGGACACAUUGGUGUCAGCUACAGGAUGCACAAGGCAACAUUGUCUUCCAUCCUCCGGGAGACGUUGCCUGCAAUCUGGGAGACGCUGGCAACCUUGUUUUUGAAGCCGCCAACAGCUGCCAAGUGGGAAGAGAUCCGCAGAGAGUUUGAAGUUAAAUGGAAUUUCCCGAACGCCAUUGGAGCUAUUGACGGGAAACAUUUUGCAAUGAGAUGUCCCUCCAACUCGGGGACAACAUGUUUUAAUUACAAGAAGUUUUACUCGAUGCAACCUCUAGCCGUUGUUGAUGCUCGCUGCCGAUUCACUUUGGUGGACAUUGGUGCCACUGGUCAUCAGUCGGACGGCGGAGUUUUUAGAAAUUCAAACAUUGGGAAGGCGUUAGCUGCGAAUUCCCUUCAAGUCCCCACACUCUUAGAAAAAAAGGAGUCCAAAGGGAGUCACUGCUUCCAUGACUCUCUUUGACACUUCACGACUCUCUUAGAGAGUCAAUUUUUCGUGUGACUCUGUUUUGACUCUUCCCCUUCUCAGCGGGAGUCACAGGCCAGCAGCAUUUGUAUUACCGAAAAAAAAAAUUAUGAAUGCUGCUUCGCGGCGUCCAUCCGGCAACCCAAGC